CCUGUCAGCGCGCGCGCGGCGGGCUCCGUUCGUGUCUCUUCUUCCUGGAGCGGCAGCAGAAACUAUGGCAGAUCAACUAACAGAAGAACAAAUUGCUGAGUUCAAGGAGGCUUUCUCCCUCUUUGAUAAGGAUGGUGAUGGCACAAUCACCACCAAAGAGCUGGGUACAGUCAUGAGGUCACUAGGUCAAAACCCAACUGAAGCAGAACUUCAGGACAUGAUCAAUGAGGUAGAUGCAGAUGGCAGCGGGACCAUUGACUUCCCUGAGUUUCUGACUAUGAUGGCAAGGAAGAUGAAGGACACAGACAGUGAAGAGGAGAUUAGGGAGGCAUUCAGGGUUUUUGAUAAGGACGGUAAUGGUUACAUCAGCGCGGCAGAACUGCGUCACGUGAUGACCAACCUGGGUGAGAAACUGACAGAUGAGGAAGUCGAAGAGAUGAUCCAUGAAGCUGACACAGAUGGUGAUGGACAAGUCAACUAUGAAGAGUUUGUCAGCAUGAUGGUCCAAAAAUGAGCCAUGUUUGGAUUCAGCGACGAAGAUUCAAAUGUUAACGUAAAAUUCUCCAUUUGUUCUGCUGUCCAGUGUUGAUGACUUCAACUGACUGUUUCCCUACAAAGACUGUCCUUUUCUACAAGCCAAAAAACAACAAAAGGGGCUCUAAAUGAACUUGCAUUGUGCUGUGGGCCGACCAAUCAGAUCACAGCUCGGUAGCUGCUGCUGCUCUUCUGCUUCUGGGUUGGUCCUGCAUGGUGUUUGAGAUUCUGUUUUCCUUUUUCACGCUUGUCUUUACGUCGGUGAAGAGUCCAGGUGGCUCGUAAACUUCAUGGGGUGGAACCAGCAGAAUCUUUGUUGUUUAAAAUUUUUUUUUUUUUUUUUUCUUUUCAUUUUCUGAAAGUUAAAACUGCUUGGUGGAGUUUUUCCGACAUGCUGGGCUGCUCGCUUUCCUGUUUACCAUCUUGGGGUAGCGCAUACAUUUCAGUGAGGAUUCGAGGAGGUAACGAGGGUUUUACGAGUACACGUAACAGAACUGAUGUUGUGUAUUUGGAGGAGGGGCAUUGCUGUGGCACUCAGCCAUCCAGCAGACACUUAAAGUGCCUCACGUAGACUUCCCCAGCUAAGGACAGAACCCAUUUCCAGCUGGUUCAGGUGUGGUUCUCUGCAUGUUGCUUGUCAUUCGUGUUUCAUAGGUGUGGGGCUGGGUGCACUCUAGUGGGCAGAGCUGUGCAGGGUUUCUUUAUUGUUUUGGGUGCUGCGAGCUCCAACCGCUCUGUUCAGUUCAUCUACAUUCCAAGUUGUACACGCCUUUGUUUUGUUUUUCCAAUAAAAGAUGGGGAAACUCA